AUGGCAAUCCAGUUUGCAAUUGUUGGAAGCGGGGCGUUCGGACUAGCCACAGCCCUACAUCUAACGAAACUGGGGUAUAAUGACAUAGUGUGUUUCGACAAAGAGACAGUGCCAUCGCCAGUUGCGGCGGCCAAUGAUAGCAACAAGGUUGUUGAUUGGUUGUGCCAUGAAAUUAAUGAUCAGAUUUCCAGCGCAGACCGGGUUGCUGCUGAAGCCAUGGAGAUGUGGCAGAAAGAUGAGUUCUAUAACCGGUUCUACCACCAGCGAGGUAUGGUGGUUUCAGCAUCUAAAACCGAGUCACUAGCUGUGUUGGAGAAGCAUGCGAAUAUCCAUAAAAUCCAUGAGUUUCUGGAGACUCCUGCCGACUUUCGGAGGCAUAUACCAGUUCUAGACGGUCCUUUGGAAAACUGGAAAGGCUACGUUAUGGAGCCCGAAGAUGGCUGGGUACAUUCUCGUGAUUGUAUAAAGGCUUUGGCAAAUCUUCUAGAAAGAAGAAAUGUGAAGUUUGUGAGUGGCGAUGAUGGCGACAUCACCAAAGUGGUUGAAAAGGACGGUGCCGUGGGGUAUCUCGAAAGUGUAUCGGGCAAACGAUACAAGGCUGCAAAUUAUAUCGUGUGUGCGGGGGCUGGAGUGACACGAAUCAUAGACUUAGAGGAUCAGGUUCAAAGUCGAUGCUGGUCUGUUGCUCAUAUCAAGGUGAGCGAGGAAGAAGCUUCCCAGUUCAAUGGACUUCCUUUGCUCAUGAAUCUCAACGAAGGCUAUUAUUUUGAGCCUGACGAGAAUGACACUGUCAAAGUGGUAUGGGAGUUUCCAGGUUUUGUGAACUUCGAGUCCGAUCACGUAUCUGUGCCUGAUUACACAGUUCCAGCAAAUAGCGCUCCAGGCGAAACACAGAUUCGGAGAUUCCUAAGGAACGCUCUACCCAGUCUAGCAGACCGCCCCUUCGAAUCGCGAAAACUGUGUUGGUGUGCAAUGACCGCGGAUAGACAACUGCUGAUUUGUAGACACCCCCAUCUUGCCAACCUCACAGUCGCCAGUGGAGACUCAUACAUAUCUUUCCGACUAACGCCUGUGAUUGGUCAGUACAUUGCUGCAGUUGCAAUUAAGGGAAAUCAGGGUUUGAAUAUCCAAGAUCGCAAAACAUGGGAGUGGAGACCUGGUCUCAAGUUUACUGAUAAGCCGAUAGACCUUCCUCGCUGA